UCUCCGUCAAUCUCGUCACUUUCUCUCUCUUAUUUUUCUCUCUCUAAUACGACUGAAAUGGCAGUGUCUCCGCCGGAAAACCUAACCAGAGACCAGUACGUCUACUUAGCCAAGCUCGCCGAACAGGCCGAGCGAUACGAAGAAAUGGUCACAUACAUGGAAAAACUCGUCCUUGGAGCCACAUCCACAGGCAAGCCAACGGUCGAAGAAAGGAACCUCCUCUCCGUCGCCUACAAGAACGUCAUAGGUUCACUUCGAGCAGCCUGGAGAAUCGUUUCAUCAAUCGAGCAAAAGGAAGAAAGUCGGAAGAACGACGAGCACGUAUCGCUAGUCAAGGAUUAUAGAUCUAAAGUUGAAUCUGAACUAUCCAAUGUCUGCGGAGGAAUUCUGAAUCUACUCGAUUCGAAUCUGAUUCCCUUAGCGAAAUCUAGUGAAUCGAAGGUGUUUUACUUGAAGAUGAAGGGGGAUUACUAUCGAUAUCUAGCGGAAUUUAAGGUUGGAGCUGAUAGAAAGGAAGCUGCUGAACAAACUAUGCUUUCUUAUAAGGCUGCUCAGGAUAUUGCUGUUCCAGAUCUUACUCCUACACAUCCUAUUAGAUUGGGAUUGGCUCUGAAUUUCUCUGUUUUCUACUAUGAGAUUCUAAAUGCUGCUGAUAAAGCUUGUAAUAUGGCUAGACAGGCAUUUGAAGAAGCCAUUGCUGAAUUGGAUACUUUGGGUGAGGAUUCUUACAAGGACAGUACACUCAUCAUGCAAUUACUUAGAGAUAAUCUUACUCUUUGGACUUCAGAUAUGCAGGAUCAAUCAGAAGAGGCUUGAACACAUUGUCUUUGAAUGCUUUGUUCUGCCAUGGAAAUGGACAUUAAAGGUCUUGAAUUGUUGAUCUACAUAUAUAUAUGUGAUUUCAUAUUUAUAUAUAGUGUAGUAAGUAUGCUUCUUCUUCUUCUUCUUUUUAUGAAUUGAAUUCAGAUUUGCUUGUUUGAACAGUUGAAACUAUCUUUGUUGUGUGUGUCUGUGUGAUGUCAACAGCUUAAGAUACAACAUACUUAAGACUCUAUCUUCUUCUUUAUGUGUGGAAAAUUUAUAUUGGAAUAGAAAUUUUUAGGUUUCUUUAUAAUCUAA